AUGGAAACUCAGCUAGUAGAAGCGAUUGAAAAAUCUUUACUGACGGGUCAAUGGAUAGACCCUGGCUCAGGUCAUGAAACACUUCCCCAUAUUGAUGUGAUCAAGAGCGUUGUCGAAGGAUCUUUCUCUCAUGCCCUGAAAUCACCCACCGCCGGCCGCGUAUUCGCUUUACGGCCCAUCAAAACUUCGGACAUAGUCGAUGGCCCUAUUUCCUCCUGGCUUGACCUCCCUGAAGCGCAGGAUAUAGAAACUGAAGUUCUUAGACUAGGUUAUGCAGUAGCAUGUCUCCAUGCCUUCCUACAAGCCAACUGGACCGGCCCAGACCUUCAAGUACAGUAUGCGGAUUUCCUACCUUUCUCACCUGAAACUGCAGAAGCAGCAACUGAAGAGCUGCUGGAUCGCAAGGCCGUCUCAGAGCUCUCGUAUGGCGGUGAGCCCGCUUACCAUCUGGCUAGAGGUCCCCUCUUCCUCCGCUUCGCUCAAAUCUUAUUGGCUUUGCCUUAUUCCCGCUGCUCGACGGCCCCAUGGUGGAGUUUACGCACCUGGCUAGUGCAUCAGCAGGUUCUCGACGAGCCUGUUGCUGUUCCGGACAGUGUCUUCUCAUCGCUUCAUCCUCUGAUUCCAGCGGUAUCGUCCGACCGUGAUCUGCUGGGCCAACUGCAUCUGGAACAAGGCCUGCUCGAGCAUCGUCUCUCAAAUAACAAAUCAGCGGCAGAUUAUUUUGCCCGUGCUGCUCGAGCUACCGGGCUUGAGUACGAACUUAGCGGCGCCCUCGGGAGACGCACGCGGUUCCAGCAGAGCGACGUCAGUCAACUCGUGCUACUGGCAGAGAGUCGACCCCGAGGGGAGUCUCCCCCGAGGGAAUCAAAUUCCGCCAUCGCCUCGAAGGAUGCGAGGGAGCCGGAUGGCCCAUCUGCCGGUGCCACCAAGCUUCCCGAAUCGCUGGCUCUCAACGAUGAUACAUUAUUGGAACAAACCAAGUUUACUUCGUCACAAGCUGCUGAUGGGUCUAUCACCUCCCGUCUUGGGCAUCUUGACCCCGCUGCUCAACCUGCGCUUCACCCACUCGACCAAUGCAUCCUGCUGUCGUUGUGUCUGAACGUCAAAAAUACGUCGCCCGCGCACGGCUUGACGAACGAGGAAAUGUCCGCUUUCGUCAAUCGUGUGAUCGCACAUCCAGCUAAUUGGUCGGUGCACACCAUGGCGCUUCUACUCCGCUCGCGCCUCGAAGCCACCAGGACUCGCACCGUCGAGAGGUCUACCUUGCAAUUGCAGGCAUUAGUGGACCAAAUGCCCACGGCUGAUUCAUCCGUAUCGGAGAGACUCCUAUAUAUCCACGACAUCCCUUUACCAAGCCGGUGGGAAUUGGAACGCGAGCUCGCUCUGCAAUACAUUUCCCUCGGAGUAACCAAAUCAGCACUAGCAAUCUUCGAACGUCUAGAAAUGUGGGAAGAGGUGGUCAAGUGUUGGCAGUCAAUGGAGAGGCCGGAUAAGGGCGUCGCGAUUGUCCGGGAUCUCCUGGAGGGCCGCAAGGCCGAAGCCGAUGUCGUGCUCUCUCGAGGCAAGGAGAGCACCAGCCACCGGAGAGGAUUUUUGGAUGCGGCGCGAGAGGCCAAGCUGUGGUGCCUGUUGGGCGACCUAGAGCCUGCCAACGCUAUCAACCAUUAUAAUCGUGCAUGGUCGAUCUCCGGGGAGAAAUCCGGGAGGGCAAUGCGCUCAUUGGGCGGAUACCACUUUUCGCGAGGGGAAUACGCGCGAGCAAUAUCCUGCCUCCGCCGUGCGGUGGCGAUUAAUCCGCUAUUACACCGAUCCUGGUUUGUAUUAGGCUGUGCUUGCAUACGAGAAGAAGACUGGGAGACGGCACGGCAAGCGUUUUCGCGCUGCGUCGCAAUCGACGACGAGGAUGGUGAGAGUUGGAAUAAUCUCGCUAGCGUCUACCUGCGUAUGGAAGAGGCGGGGCAAAAGCCAGUUGCCAAUGAUGAGGAUGCCGAAAGGGAUAUGGGCGCCCCAGCAGACGAGGAAAAGCCUGCACCCAGCGUGCCGUUCUCGAACAAAAUGCUCGCUUUUAGGGCCCUCAAACAGGGCAUCAAGUACCGUUAUGACGAUUGGCGCAUGUGGUACAAUUAUAUGAUCGUCUCGAUGGACGUCGGAGAGCUCUCAGAGGCAUGCCGGGCGCUCGGUCGGAUUGUUGAAGAGAGGGCCGGGAAAGAUGGCGCAAAAUGCGUUGAUGAAGUCGUCCUAGAACGACUUGUAGACGCCGUCACCCGUGACCCUACAGAUGUCCAGGCUGGGGCUACGGGUGGGCAAGAUGUUGCCGCUGCUCAUGCUGCCACCAGCGGCCUAUUUCGCAUCCUUAUGGACCUCUUCGAGCGCACGAUUUUGCCCCGCGUAUCCUCGUUUCGUAUAUUCCGGGCCUACGCCAAGCUUUUGACUUGGCAGUCCCGGUGGGAAGAGGCUCUUAAGGCGUAUUUGGACAGCUACCGAUGUAGCACCGCUGGAACGAUAGAGAAGGGAGAAACGGAUGUGGGAAAGUGGCGCGAAGCCGUGGGCGAAGUCGAGGAGAUUGUGGAUCUGUUGAGAAACUUCGGACCUCGGGUUGACGGAUCCAAGUGGCAGUUGCAGGCGCGGAGCAUCGUUCGGACGUUCAUUGGGAGAACGAAAGAUUUUGAAGACGAGCCCGAAUGGGAACGAUUGACGAGCUUGCUGGAAGAGUUGCGUAAGGAGGAUUAGGGGUUGGACCGCGGUGUAGGUCGGCGCCGAUUUGUGUGCGACAUUAAAGUAUCCGUGAUGUCCAUACGAAAUCCAUGUGAGAAUUAAAGAAGUACUGUAAAGUCCCUGACCCCGAGACGGUGGUAGGCACAUGACGUAGGCAGGGACAUGAGGGGAAGUGCAGAUAAGUGGCAUGGGCGCUUUGUACACAGCAGUAGUAACGGAGUGUUCUAUAGUCGGGUCGGUGAUGUCCAGAUUUAUGUGCGUGAUGGGGUCGGCAAUCUAGACCGCGGAAGUCCAAUUC